UUACCGAAACACAAUUCUAUGUGCACUUCCGCAUUUGACAUCGAUCUACCGGAGGUGUUCAUCUAAGUUAAUCCCAACCAUUGUGUGUUAUUUUACUGUUUACUGCAUAGGAUUGCCGGUGAUAUUUUGAAAUUGCGAGGUGAACUCGUAGAUUUACCUGUGAAUGGGGAUUAUGGUGUAAUUUGGAGCACUUUCUUUCUCCCGGACACAACAGCAGCAGGUGAGAGAGAGGGGCCGGCCAUGCUGACGUUGGCGAGCAAGCUGAAGAGGGAGGAUGUGCGGGCCGGUCGGGCCCCUGGGGGCCCCUCAGACUCCUCCCACCGUGUGUCUGUCCGGGAUCGCCUACUAAUCAAAGAGGUUGCAGAAUUGGAAACCAAUCUUCCCAACACCUGCAAAGUCACAUUCCCGGAUGUGAACAAGCUUCACCACUUUCAGCUGGCUAUAAGUCCAGAUGAAGGCUACUAUCAGAGUGGAAAGUUUCAGUUUGAAAUCGACGUGCCCGAUGCCUACAACAUGGUGCCUCCAAAAGUCAAAUGCCUGACCAGAAUAUGGCACCCCAACAUCGCAGAGACGGGCGAGAUCUGCCUGAGUUUAUUGCGAGAGCACUCGAUUGAUGGCACGGGCUGGGCACCGACACGCACGCUAAAGGAUGUCGUGUGGGGACUGAAUGCUUUGUUUACUGAUUUGCUGAAUUUUGACGACCCACUGAACAUAGAUGCUGCGGAGCACCACCUGCGGGAUAAGGAGGACUUUAGGAACAAAGUUCAGGACUUCAUCAAGAACUAUGCGAGAUGAUGACAGCAUUGACCCUCUUCCUCUUUUUGCCACACGACGCAGUGCGAUGCCAACCCACACGUCCCCGGGCACACCUGGCUUUCACCCAGAUGGCACCAGUGACACCUCCUUCUCCUUCUCCCUCUCCCCCACCCCCCACAAAGCAUUAAAACAAAACAAAAAGAAUGAGAGAAAAAAAUUGAAAAAAGCCACAUUUCGACAAAGAAAAAUAAUGCUUAAGCACUUAUCUGUGGGCUCUCUCUUGUGGAUCCCAGCUGGGUACUAAAUGAGCCUGGGGUGGGUCUGUCUGUGUGUGUGUAGGAGUCUGUGUAUGUUUGUACGCGUGUGUCCUUGUGUGUGUGUCCUUGUGUGUGUGUGUGUGUGUGUGUGUGUGUGUGUGUGUGUGUGUGUGUGUGUGUGAAGCUCGUGACUCAAUGAGCAAGCCUCGAUAUGUGAAUCAGAGCAAUGCCCUUAAGUGUGACUGCUUCAGUAGGAAACCGUGGAGGGCUGAGGGAAGAAAACAACAAACAUGGCAGCCAUAGUGACAGACGUGGCAGAUAGACUGUUCUUUUGAUGUCAUCUUCCCCCGUUCUAGUGCCUGCCUUUUGUGUUUUUCAUGUCCUUGGACAGUUAGCCUAGGUCAAACCAAACAAACCUGCUCCUCCGCAUGCCACCGCCUACAACUCCCAGAAUGCACUGUUCCACUUGCUUUACCCUGCCAAAGGAUAUCCAAUCACAGGGUCACACUCGAAGUUCAUCUGAUGAUGAUUGGCCAGCAUGAUGAGAGACUGGCCAAUCCGAGUGGAGGUCGGGGUUCGGCACCAUGUGGCCUAUGGUAGUCAACCAGAGGUGGGCUCUUUGCAGAAGAUGGGGGGGUGCUCUGACUGCUGUUUGAGCCCCUCCGCUUUGUCAUCCAGCGCAACACAAUAGAGACUGUUCUACAGGUCAUUUUAACACAUCUCAUGAAAACAUGCACACAUUAUGGGUGUGCGUGUUAUAAUGUCUCACUAAGUGUGCCUCUGUAUGCGAGAAAAGAGACUGUUUCAGCUUCCUCAAAUCAGAAUGUGGAAUAUGUCACUUGCUCUGUUGUAUGCAUCUUAUCGGCUGUGAAAUGUGCGUGCGUGUGCGGGUAUGUGUUCAGCUUCACAGAUGUGUGCAUGUAUACAUCAGUGUGUAGAUGUAUGCUAGUAUUUUUGUGUAUCUGUCAUGUAUUUUGCGGGAGUGACUGAGUGAAAUGUGUGUGUGUGUGUGUGUGUGUGGUCUGGUAGCAUGCACUGGGCUCUUGAUGUGCUCAACCAUAAACCGUCUAAAGAGCUGGUGAGGCUUGACGAUAUUAUUUAAACUCUUCUUUUCUUAGAGUUGUAUAUCCAUUUGUAAAAUAUAUUAAAGAGGAAUUAUACUACGGAA